UAGAGCCAUCGCAGCUAGCCUUCACAUCAAAAACCAGUAGAAGAGGCAGCAGAACUUGAGCGAUAUAAGUAGCAUAAGGAAGCAGAGAACCAAAGAGGGAGGAGCACAGGAAAACAUGGAGAGCGCCAGAAGCAUGAAAAGCUGGAGAAUUUUCACCAGGCAAGAUACAAGAAGAAUCUGCAAUUUUCUCAUCAUCCUCUGCUUGAUGCUCUCCAUUUAUGCCCUCUCUAACAUCAAGUCUCACUACUGCCAGGCUCCCUAUGGUAAACUGCAAGCUCCACUGAAGCUGGAACAACCAAGCAAGGUUGUGGCGAAUCAGCUAAGAGAAGAAAGCAGGGGCAGCUCAGCAAUAGAUGAAUUAUUUGCAGAAGAUGAAGAUGCUGAAGAAAACUCUGCUGCCAUCUCCUCCCAAAAACCAAUUUGCCGUGACUCAAACAAGAGGUCUGAUACCUGCGAUGCAAGAGGAGAUAUCAGAGUGCAGGGCAGCUCCAGCACUGUUUUUGUCAGUACAUCUCCGCAAGAAUGGAAGAUCAAACCUUAUGCCCGAAAAGGCUAUCACAGCGCUCUCCGUCAUGUAACUGAAUGGUCUCUGAAGCCUUUUGCGCAACAAAUUCCAAACUGCACUGUGGCACAGAUGGUCCCUGCUGUCAUCUUCUCCAUCGCUGGCUUUACUGGCAACAUUUUCCAUGAUUUCACUGAUGUGCUGAUUCCCCUCUUCAUCUCCUCCCACCAAUUCAACGGACAGGUCCAGUUCCUGGUCGCGGACGUCAAACCAUGGUGGCUGAGCAGGUACAAGCUGAUACUGAAACAGAUGUCCAGCUAUGAGAUCAUCCAUGUCCUCCGCGAUGGUGGUGACAUGAUUCGAUGCUUUCCGAGAGCAAUCAUCGGCUUACAAUUCCACAAAGAGAUGGGUGUGGACUCAACAAACUCCCCUACAGGCUACUCCAUUGUGGACUUCAAAGUGAUGUUGAGGAGAGCAUAUGGAUUGGAGAGAGCAGACAUAUCCAGCUCCGUGUUCCAGGGGAGUGUGAGGAAGCCCAGGCUGCUGAUCAUAUCCAGGAAGCGUUCGAGGUCAUUCGUUCAGGUGAAGGGGAUGGUGGAGAUGGCUACGAGCCUGGGAUUCGAAGUCCUGGUCGAUGAGGCUGAUGUGAACACUGAUCUGUCCAAGUUUGCCAGAUUGGUGAAUUCUGCUGAUGUGCUGCUCGGAGUUCACGGCGCCGGGCUUACAAACAUGCUGUUUUUGCCUGCCGGUGCGGUGGUGAUUCAGAUGGCUCCCUUUGGGGCGCCUGAGUGGCUGCAAAGAGAGACUUUUGGGAAGGCUACUGAGGAUUUGGAGCUCCAUUAUCUUGAGUACAGAAUAGAAAUGGAGGAGAGCACGCUGAUGGAUCAGUACCCGAGGGACCAUCCAGUUCUGAAGGAUCCUGAGAGCGUGCAGAAGUUGGGAUGGAAUGAGUUCUGGCAAGUGUAUUUGGAAAAGCAGAAUGUGAGGCCGCAUUUGGGGAAGCUAAAGGAGACAUUUUUAAAGGCGAUGAAGCUUCUGCCGAGAAACGGCAACUCCGGGAUUUGAAAUUCGGUUGUUCUGCGCGAUUCAACGGAUGGAUGUCAGUGAAAAGGUUCUGUUAAUUUUUGUGUUUUGUCACAGUGAAUAAGAUGGAGUGUUUAUGGUGGAUU